ACAACUACUAGUCUACUGGUGAUUGGUCUUUCCAUUUCUGGAUCGUGUGAUGAGAAGCAUGAGAGCCUGAAUCUGCGCCUUUUGAUUAUAUGACUAUCAGACUAUCGUUAUUUUAGCGUUUUUGUCAACCUCAACAAACAGCUAGAAGAAGUAGAUGAAAAUUUGAAGACAGAGAGAAUAUAGGUAAGCUCAAGUCAUUUUCUGGCUUUGAAUGAUGUUUCUAGAAAUGGGUUCUGCUCAAAAUCUGAGGUGUGAAAGAUAAUUAGCUUGUACUUGAAGGGCCACAGACUUGAUUCAGUGCAUGCUCAGAAUACCAGAUCUUUCGCAACAAAAAGUCACAGCCAGAGUCACAGCUUGUUGAAAAGGAGCUUAUAAUUCUCAUGUCAAUUGUGGAGAAACCAUCUUCGUCUGUGGCGGCGGCGGAGGCGGCCGUGGUGUCAUCAUCGUCGCCGGUUUCAUCAUCAGCUGCAUCAGCUAGAGAUAUUGAUCCUUUGUUAAAGGACUUGAAUGAGAAGAAGCAGAGUUUCCGGCGGAACGUGGUGUCAUUGGCGGCGGAGUUGAAGGAGGUUCGGAGCCGGUUGGCAUCUCAGGAGCAAUCAUAUGUUAAAGAGUCUCUAACAAGACAGGCAUCUGAGACAAAAGCUAGGAACAUGGAGGAAGAGAUUGGUACAUUGCAGAAGAGAUUGGAAGAGAGGAAUGCACAGCUACAAGCUUCAGCAACUACUGCUGAGAAGUACCUUAAGGACUUGGAUGAUCUUAGAUCUCAGCUUUCAGCCACUCGAGCAACUGCAGAUGCAAGUGCUGAAUCAGCUCAAUCAGCCCAGCUCCAGUGUUUAGCACUUAUAAAGGAAUUAGAUGAGAAGAAUAGUUCACUAAAAGCACAUGAGGAUCGCAUAAGUAGGUUAGGAGAUCAAUUAGAUAAUCUGCAGAGGGAUCUUCAAGCAAGGGAAUCUUCCCAAAAGCAACUUAAAGAUGAUGUUUUGAGAAUUGAACAUGAUAUUAUGCAAGCUAUUUUGAAAGCUGGAGCAAGCAAGGAUUGUGAACUGAGGAAAUUAUUAGAUGAAGUAUCUCCCAAGAAUUUUGAUAAAAUUAAUAAGCUUUUGGUUGUUAAGGAUGAAGAAAUAGCAAAACUGAAGGAUGAAAUCAAGAUAAUGUCUGCUCACUGGAAACAUAAGACCAAGGAAUUGGAGUCACAGUUAGAGAAGCAACGUCGAGCUGACCAGGAACUGAAAAAGAGGGUGUUGAAAUUAGAAUUCUGCCUCCAGGAAUCUCGUUCCCAGACCCGAAAGCUCCAAAGGAUGGGAGAGCGAAGGGACAAAGCCAUAAAAGAACUCAGAGAUCUGUUGGCAGCAAAACAACAAAGUGCAGCUAUGGGUGCUGAAAAACAAAAUUUCUGGGAAUCUUCUGGCUUCAAGAUCGUUGUUUCCAUGUCAAUGGUGAUCUUGGUGGUCUUUUCAAAGAGAUGAAAGCAAUGUGUUAUCUAGUUCAUGUGUAUAAAGAAUCCGAUACCUUUUGUAGCUGUGAAGUUUAGGGAAAGUUGCAGAGGACAUUUUCCUUGUAGAAAUGCGCAUUGUAGAGUUUCUCUUUCUUAUGUAGCUUUAGCUGAGACUAUGCCUUUUUUGCCGUGUUUCUUUUAUGUUGAAUUAGUUGUGCCAUGAAUUGAAUCUAUGUAUGGCAUUGUCAUAUUUGAGGGAUUCAUCAAGUACUCUGACUAGACAUGCUAUAUUAGUUUUUCUUUUAGUGGUUCA